AUGGCCACGUACUACAUAUACUUCCCGUUCCUUACUUGCGAGGUGAAGUGCGGUGCUGCAGCGCUCGAUAUUGCGGACCGACAGAAUGCCUAUAGUAUGACACUUGCGGUGAGAGCUACCAUCGAACUCUUUAGACUCGUUGGUCGUGAGAUGGAGCUUCAUCGGAAGAUUCUUGCCUUCUCAAUCUCGCAUGAUCACACCUCGGUGAGAAUCUAUGGACACUACCCAGUCGUUGAUGGGAAGGAUACUAAGUAUUACCGCCAUCCUAUUCACAAGUUUGAUUUUACAGCCCUGGAUGGAAAAGAGAAAUGGACGGCAUACAAGUUUACCAGGAACGUUUACGAAGUACGGAUGCCCAAUCAUUUUAAACGGCUAUGUUCGGCUAUAGAUCAAAUCCCGGCAGAUCUGGACUUCAGCGUCCCACAACUUUCCCAGAGCGUCGGGCUUUCACAAGACCUGGAGCGCCAUAGUCUCUCAAGAUCGAGUCAGCCCGCCUCGCAAUCACAAGAGUUCAGUCGGCAAAGUGCUGAAGUCGCAAGAGAAACCACUCCAAAUACAUCCUUUACCAGCCGAGGCGUUUCGAAGCGUCCCAGGAAACGGCUUGCUGCAGAGGAAUAA